GAACAAUGGCAGAGUUUCGAGGGUCUGUCCAACUAUUUCCCUUACACAAACAAAAUACAUUACUAAUCCAUUAACCAACUAAGUCUCUUAGCUGCAACAGAUAGACCUAUGACCCUCAAUGUUCACAGAACCGCUAAGGUCUAUGAAAGAAGGAAGAAGAGGUCGGGAGUAGGAAAUCAAAACCAAGAAAGGGAGAGAGGAGAAAAUAACUUACUGCUGAGGUAGUGGGGCGUGUGGGUGUGCCGAGGUGUCUCCGAGGCACUAAAAGUGUGAGUGAGCUAACAAUAAAAAGGUGGAAAGAGACUGAGAAGGUUGGCAGGGAAAUAUUCAUUUGGUCUUGGGAGACCCUAGGCUUCUCUAACUGCCUAGUUUACUUUCUUCUAUUGCAUUUAAGCUUUCUUUUGUAAUCACGGAAUUGCUAUCACACUAUGGAGGCACAAAGCUCUCACCAUCCCCAAAUAAUUGAAAUCAGUGGAGAUCUUCCUGAUGUAGGAAAGAAAAUUUGUGGGGAAGCAACAUGUGAGUUCUCAGAUGCUGGAUCCAUCUCGAAGGAUUCUGAAGAAAGAUCGACAUCCAUGCGAAAGCUUUUGAUAGCCGUGACCCUUUGCGUUAUUUUCAUGGCCAUUGAGGUAGUUGGUGGUAUUAAGGCUAACAGUCUCGCAAUAUUGACUGACGCAGCACAUUUGCUUUCCGACGUUGCAGCAUUUGCCAUCUCGUUGUUUUCUAUAUGGGCUGGGGGAUGGGAACCGAAUCCUCGCCAAUCGUUUGGAUUUUUUAGAAUAGAGAUUCUUGGCGCUUUGGUUUCUAUGCAAUUAAUAUGGUUGCUUGCUGGGAUUUUGGUGUAUGAAGCCAUUGCUAGACUCAUUGCAGGUCCUCAAAACGUGGAUGGUUUUUUAAUGUUCAUAGUUGCUGCAUUUGGUCUUCUGGUUAACAUCAUUAUGGCUUUGGUAUUGGGUCAUGAUCACGGCCACGGCCAAGGACAUGAUCAUCAUGGCCACAGCCAUGGACUUUCUGUUUCUACCCAUCAUCACGAUGUAAAGCAUACAAAAGAUGAGCAUCAUCACAGUCACGACGAUCUCACUCACCAUCAUGAUGAUGAAAAGCAUUCGAAUGAUGCACACCAACAUAUUCAUGAAGAUCACGAGCAUCAUCGUGACCAUGAAGAGGUUACUCAACCACUUCUCAGUGAAUCAAAUGGCAGAUCCGAGAAAAAGAAACGGAACAUAAAUGUACAUGGCGCUUAUCUCCAUGUACUUGGGGACUCUAUCCAGAGUGUUGGGGUAAUGAUUGGAGGAGCAAUCAUAUGGUAUAAGCCUGAAUGGAAAAUAGUUGAUUUGAUUUGCACUCUAAUUUUUUCUGUAAUUGUUUUGGCCACAACUAUCAACAUGCUGAGAAACAUUUUGGAAGUCCUGAUGGAGAGCACACCGCGCGAGAUAGACGCUACUCAGCUUCAAAAGGGGCUGUUGGAGAUGGAAGAAGUAGUAGCUGUUCAUGAACUGCACAUAUGGGCCAUUACAGUGGGGAAGGUAUUGCUAGCUUGUCAUGUUAAAAUCAAUCCCGAAGCAGAUGCCGACGUGAUGCUAGACAAUGUUAUAGACUACAUCAAGAGGGCUCAUCACAUCAGUCACGUAACUAUACAGAUAGAACGCUAGUUUUUCUUUUUUGAAUCUUUUAUUGGUUGUGAUGAUUAUGAUGAGAAGGAUUUAGUUAGACUAGAUGCAUUAUGUUUCUGAAAUUCAACUUUCUUUAUAUCACAAUAAUGCUUCUGAACGCUCCUUGUUUGUUUCUAGCAGUUUAAGAGUGUGGAUAUGAGCAUUAUUACAUUGUAUAUUAUUUUCAUGCCAAAUUUUUAUAUCUGUGAUAUUGUUGUCAACUAUUUCAGUGCCACUUGGUCUA